AUGGUCAGCGCAUUGCUGCAGCGCACUGGGAUGCUCAGCAGCAGCAGCAGCGGCGGCAGCAGCAGCAGCAGCAGGUUAGCUCGCGCGGCAGCGUGGAAGUGGGCAGCUUCGUACACCACCGUGCAUCUGUUGCCUCAAGAGCCAGCAGCAGCAAAAGCCGCAACAGCAAAAGCAGCAUCAGCAGCAAACGCAGCAGCAACCGCAGCAGCACGAAGGGCUCAGCCCUUCACACACAAGCCCCGCCUGCCUAAGUCUGCAACUAACAGCAUUCUGCAGAGCUUUCCAAACAGAAGCAGCAGCGAAAAGUGUUUCUGCGCCAGCUGCAGCAGGACUCUGCUGCUGUGCAGCCAUCCUCUGCAUAAUGGGGCACCAGGAGAGGGCAUGAAGGCCAUUUGCUACAUACCUUCACUGCAUCCCACGAAGCCUCCGUGCAUCAUUUGCCCUUCCAGAGGCAAAAGCAGCACGAGCAGCAGCAGCAGCAGCAGUUUCACGAGCGACCGCUGCAGCGGCAUUAGGAAUGGUGGCUUGAGUAAAUGGGAUGGCAUCUCACAGGCUGGGAAAUCACAUGAAGCAGCAGCAGCACCACCACCAAAACCAGGAAGCCACCCUAGUAGUAACAGAAAGAGCAGCGUCAGCAGCAGUGUUGGCAACAAUGGAUACACUCUGGCCAGAACUUCAUUUGCUGCUGCUGCUGAGGGCGCUGCUGCGGAGGACGGGGCAGCUGCCUCCCGCAGCACUGCUGCUUCUGGGGAGCCUGAGUACAUGACCAGCGAGUGGGUCAUCAGCACAUGUGAUGCAGCAGCAGCAGCAGCAGAAUCCCAGAUAGAAGCAGUCAAAGCAGCAUUCGCGGACGAAGCGAGAAAAGCCGCAGCAGCAGCAACAAAGGAGGAGGCAGAAGUUGCUGCUAUUGUUGCAGUUGUUCCUGCCCCUGUGGCUCCUCAGUGGAUCUUUCGCCGGCCCGCAGACUCAGUGGUUUGGUUGUGCCCUAGAAAGGCAGCAGCUGGUGCUGUCUCAGCUGCUGCUGCAGGAAAUGUAGUGUGUCCUGCAGGGAUAGGGCUGCUUGUUCCCGGGAAGCUCGGCAGCAGCAGCAGCGCCACAACAGCAGCUAAUGCUGCAGCUAUUGGCUGCAUCGAUAUUGCUAAGGCUGCAUUGGCUGGGAGUGCUGAGGAUCCAGCUUCGGCGCAGCGUGCCGCUGCAGCACAAGAGCCCCCUGCUCCCGACCAAGCUGAAACUGCUUCCACACCACCUGCAGCGGAGCAGCUGAAAUCCAAAGGGAGGCGAGAUGAGGAAGCUGAUCAGCAGCAGCAGCCACCAGCAGCUGUAGGGGGGCCCGCGCGGCCUUCUUCGCAGCAGCUGUGGAUGCUGGUGCUAGCUGGAAGUAUUCCCUUUAUCGGUUUUGGGUUUGUUGACAACUUCGUCAUGAUCACCGCUGGAGAUAUGUUUGAUACGACGCUCUGCGUGUCUCUUGGUCUUUCCACGAUGGCUGCUGCAGCACUUGGUAAUUGGUUAAGCGAUUUGCUUGGAAUAUGGAUGGGCUCUUGGAUUGAGUCUUUGACGACGAAGUUCAAGGGCAUUCCUCGACCGAACCUCACGAAGGAACAACUUGACCUUCCCCUUUCACGUCGUUAUUACUAUUUGGGCUCCGCCAUUGGCAUUUCUCUUGGCUGCCUUCUUGGAAUGGUCCCUUUGCUGCUGCUGGACACGAAGGAGGGUGCGCGGCUAAAAACACAAAAGGACGAAGAGAACUUUAUCUUUGUGGAUCUCAUGCAGGAGCUUGAAGAUUACAUGCAGGCGGCGAAGGUAGUGUUCUAUAGAGUUGACAUGCAGAAUAAAUGCUUUCGCACCGUCCUCAACGGCAAGCCUCUCACGCUACCGUUGGAUGCAGGUAUUCCUGGCGAGGCGUACAGAACAGGUAAACUUGUCAACUGGAGACCCCCGCAAAAGGAGAAGCUCAUCGAGCCCCAAGGGGGUGACCCCUCAAUUGCAUGUGCGUUGCAUCAACAGCAGCAGCACCUCGAACAAGCUAAGGAGCAGCAGCAACAGAAGCAGCAGGUGCGAAGCCGAAAAUCUGUACAGCCUGAAGAGCUGCAUGCCCUGGCGGCCCAUCUGCAGAAACAGCAGACAGAAGAAACUGUACCGUUGCCUCAUGAACAGCAGCAACAGCAAAGAGCAGCCGCCGCUUUCCUGACAGGCAAAGGCGCAUCAUUGUCUCCCCAGCAGCAGCAACAGCAACAGCAACAAACUCUUGCAGAUGCUUUGGUGCAGCGUGACACUGCUCCAGAGCAGCUUACUCAAACCGGCAUCGAGCAGGCAAAUCAACAGCAGCGAGAUAGUUUGUCGUUUCUGGCAAAUAUUCCCCCAGGGAAUACUUUAACUCGGCGCCUAGCAGCAAAGCAGAUUUUGGGUGCUCCUGUUUUUGGCUUUCAGGGUGAUGUCAUAGGUGUAAUCGAAGUCAUGGAUCCUGUGGGCCGUGCUUGUUUCUCUCGGGAGGACUCCGAGUUUCUUAUUUCUAUUUCUUCGCAUUUGGCAGUCGAAUUCGAAGGCAAACAACACAUGAAUAAAAUAUUGGAGUAA